UCAUUCAAACGCUGCAACUCCUGUUGUGUCAGUUUUAUCUUUCUUCCUCCAACCCCACCGCCAGGCAAUGGCAGAGGAGGAUCAACAGCAGGUGGUGACUUCCUUGGUGCUCCCAAGCUAUUUCCUUGCAUUCUCAACCUCAAGAAGAAGAUCGGAAGUGUUACAUGUGGAGAUAAAAGUGGAUUAGUUCUGCAGAAAGCAAGUUAAAAAAAACUGGAAUAGUAGCAUAAGUGAUCCUAUACCUGUAUUAGGAGAACUAAUGAAUGCUUUUAUGAAUAGGUUGUAUGGCACAUGGAUAGCUGCACCUAGAGAUGAGAGGCCAUGUUUAAUUUCUCUUGAAGUAGGUGGCUGGACUUGGACAUUUGCAAGCGAACAGUUGGGAACUUACUGAAGCGGCCUUCUUUCCAACAUAAGACCUCAGAAAUUUACGUUCACACCAAGAGAAAAAAUAUGCCGACUCAGCCUCUCUUAGCAUAUAUGGAUGGGCCAGAUGGCAUAGCCUGUACUGUUGGUUCACGUAUGGAAAACAAUGAUGCCACUAUGCCAAUAAAAGGGACCAACACAAUCUCUUACAAGAACUUGCAAGAGAAGUUCUUGAUGCAGGGUGAAGGAUGCAUGGCUUUGGAUUGCAUGUUUUGUGAUCAGACCUUCAAACACCCCGAGGAUCUUGGUAAGCACGUCUUAACGCAGCACAGGCCGACUCUGUGUGAACCAGCAGUACUGCGUGUGGAAGCAGAAUACCUCAGCCGUCUUGAUAAAGGACAGGUGAAAAUGGACUCAUUGUCAUCGGAUGUUGACAAAAAAGAUGACCAGGGCUUCAGCUGUGAAGUCUGUGGACAAACAUUUGAAGAGGUUUUUGAUGUCGAGGCUCACAUGAGGAAGCAUAAAGACUCCUUCACUUAUUGGUGCAGUGUGUGCGGAAGGAGAUUUAAAGAGCCUUGGUUCCUCAAAAAUCACAUGAGAACGCACACUGGGAAGCCUGGCUCUCGGAGCAAGACUCCACAAGGUUCCGAGAGCCCUGUAACAAUAAAUGAGGUCGUACAAGACCAAGUACCUGAAAGCAUUACGUCACCUUAUAAAAUCUGCAUGGUUUGUGGCUUCCUAUUUCAAAAUAAGGAGACUUUAAUAGAGCACAGUAAAGUACAUACCAAAGAUUCCUUAGCUAGUGGUGAUGGUUCACAAGCCGAUAGAGGCGGCAAAGAAAGUAGAUCACCCCGAGAAGAGUUCCUGCAGUUCUUAAACUUAAAACCGCGUUUGCCUUCUAGCAAUAGCAAACUAGAAAAACCUGUGAAAUGGAUCGCAGAAUUGGAUCCAUUCAGUACGUAUCAGGCUUGGCAACUGGCUACCAAAGGUAAGAUUGCUACUGGCCAUGGACAAAUAAAAGAACCAGGGCAAGAAGGAAGUACAGACAACGAUGACUCGUCUUCUGAUAAAGAGGAGCUUGGGGAAAUCUGGCAUGCAAGCAAAGCAAACCAGACUGAAAGCACAGGGAAAACGAAGGCAGGCAAAAGUGGAAGUUACCCAGGGCUUGGUAAUGUGCCACAGGACAAAUUCAAAUAUCCCGGCGGCGAAGUGCCUUCUAUAGACAUAGAUCCUAAAUUGUCCCAGAACAAAGAUAAGCCCACACAUUGUUCACAGUGUGGCAAAGCCUUUCGAACGUACCACCAGCUAGUCCUUCAUUCGAGAGUACAUAAGAGAGACCGGAGGAAUGACCCAGAAGCCAGUUCUGCCGAAGCCAAGCAGCCGCGAGCGUGUCUUGUGGACGUGGCACUCCUGGAUGAGAAUGGAGUAGUCGAGCGAGUGGAGGGAGGCUCUGAAGAUGGCUCCGAGGAUGGACUAACAGAGGCCCUAGAAAAAAAUGGCGAUAGCAUGGAUAGAGCAAAAGUUAAAAACCUUGGGGCCUCCAGAGAAUGCAGCUACUGUGGAAAGUAUUUCCGCUCAAACUAUUACCUCAACAUUCAUCUCAGAACACACACAGGUGAAAAACCAUACAAAUGUGAAUUUUGUGAAUAUGCAGCAGCCCAGAAAACAUCUUUGCGGUAUCACUUGGAGAGACAUCACAAGGACAAAAAUGCAGAAGCUGCGGCUGAUGUGAAAAGUGACCAUAAAGGUUUGUUACCUACUCAGGAGAUGGGCUUCUUACCAAUCACCAGUGGUGCUCCAGAAACCAAAAAUCUGAAAAGGCUCCUUGAAGAUGCCAAAGAUGCUAAAGGAAGCCCGCCUGCAAAGCAGCAGAAAGAGACCCUUUCCUCCUUUCAGAGCACCCCGAACAGUGUAACUCAGGAUACAAAAAAUGGUGCAGGUUGUAGUAGCUUAAAUGAAGGUGCACCAGUUCCUUGCCUUGAAAAGCUGAAAUCUGAAGAGAGAACAACGGAAUCUCAAGCAAGUAAUUAUGGGAAUGAUAGGACUGAGAAAAAGAGUUCUGCAUUGCCAGACACUGUGUUUUUUGCUGGUGCUCCGAAAGGUAAAACAAAUAUGGAUCUUCUGAGAGACGCUGUUGAAGACUCAAAAUGCAGACUUAUCGCUCAAGAAAUGCCUUUAAAUUUAUCCACUGGAUCAUCCCAAGAUGCUUCAGUAAUCUCUCUCUGUCGAGGAUCUUUAGCAACCAGCACCUGCCCUUUUUGUACUUACCGGACGUUAUAUCCAGAGGUUCUGAUCAUGCAUCAGCGAUUGAUGCAUAAAUACAACCCGGAAACCGCUAAUAAGAAUGGUAUCCGGAACAGGGCGGCUCUUAAAGCUAGGCGUACUGGAUGCCCACCUUUUCUUUUGGGCAAAGAUGUGCUCCCCCUGCCUCUUAACCCUGUGAAAGCCAAGGCUCCCGUGCCUGCCCAAUCAAGAUCCUUGCAUGCGGAAAAGGUUAAACAGAGUCCCGCUGCCCAGAGCAAAACAUCCAUUCUUUCAGGGCUCAGCUCCAGUAACUUGGCCCCAAGUAAUUUGAAAUCAUGCAAGCCGCAGACGGUUGGUGCUUCAGUGAAUAGCUUCAAACAACAUAAUGAAAUACAUCAUGGUUCUUGUAGUGCCACAAUACAGGAGAGAGGGAAAAGACUGGACUCUAAAGCAAGAGGUUUGGCUUCUCAAUUAAACAUAGUGAGCGCUAACGUCAAUGGCUCUCUUGAGACUUCCGUGAAUGAUGCUGCUUGGCCAAGUAGUCGUGGAAUAGAGUUUCUCAGUAACAGACCCACAGAGAAUACAAACUUGGAGCUCGAUGGACCAUCUUCUAAAAGAGCAAGACCUAGUCUCUUGGCUUCAGAACCGAUUGACUCUGCCGUGUAUCGGAGAGGAAAUAAUUCAGGCAGGAUUCAUAUAGCAGGCCGAUAUGCAAACCUGCUACCUCAGGAAUGUUCACACACCACACCUGCACCCUCCUUCCUGCCUGCCAAGCAAGGGCUCAUGAGCUCUGAAGUAGAUGCUAUAAAUCCUGUUACUAUUCUAAAGCCAUACGAAACAUACGGUCCUGGCCCGUUUUACAGUUCCUGUGGAUCAAGCAGCAGCCAGAUUUCUAGCUCUUCGAAAGAAGGAAAAAGGCCAGUGUCAUAUCAACACUUAUCCAACACCAUGCUACAAAAGCGAAGUUAUGAGAGUCUUCUUGGUAAUGCACAUUAUCGGCCAAAUGACAAGAAAACAUGAAUUGGCUUAAAUGAAUGAUACAAGGCUGCAAAUCUGGAAUCCUUGCAGUUCAAUCCUGGAAGAGAAUGGACAACGAAAGCUACAAAAUUAAACUGUGAUUGUACUGUGUAUAGAGAGAAAACACUACAGUUCUGUAAUGGAAGGUGUGAUCCCAUUUGUACCAUGUGGCUGUGAACAUGGCUGUCUGGAACUGUGUCAGAGAGAACUGGAAAAUGGGUGUUAUCAACUUUCCUGAACUUGAAUAAUAUUUUUCUUAGAAUGAUCAUAGACCAAAUAUCCAGCAUAAACUAUAUUUUUGCAUACUUGAGUGCUGCUGAUGAGAGAGAUGCUUUUUUGGAAGCUGUGUGUCACCCUUGCACCUCAGGUAAAUCCGUGCAUUGAAUUUGUCUGGUUUCCGUAUUGGGAGGCAUUUUUAUAAAGGGUAACCGUUUGUCAUAUUUUGCUUUGUGCUUUAAACUAUGUAUAUUUUAAAACUAUUUUCAAAUGAAUUAUGUACUUUAUGUUCACCUUAUGCACAGUUAAAAUACUCCGGAGUAGGUCAGGAAUGUUAACAACAAAUAAGGAUGAUACUUUACUCAAUAAUAAAUUUUUCUUCCUUACGUUGAUACUGUUUCCUGAACAUCCUCUGAGAAAAUGAAAUAUAUUAAGAGUGCAUCUCUGUAAAUAGGGAGGGAGACCCCCCCCCCCCAACUUGGCAUCCACUCUCAAUCCUUUCCUUGGUAUGUGAGCUGAGGGUGUUCAGUUUGAAUGCCUUCUAGCCUCCAGGUGUUCUGGAGAGUUACAGUCAGGGUUACAUGACACAUACUUAAUUCUUCUUACCUCUCCCUAAAUAUUCAGUUUUCAUGCACAUGGUGUGCACAUGUCCUAUGGCUUACAUUGGAAUAUUCAGUGGAAGUUCCUGCUGUCAUGUAUCUUAUUGAUGUGGCAACCCAUACGUAUCUAGCAAGCAAAUCGCGGACAAAAUCCAUCCCCCCCCCCCCAUUGUACACAUGGGAUAGUGUUCCCAUUGGACAUGAUACAGCAUUCUUCUGUGUCCCUGCCCCAUGCCAGAGUGCAUUCAGCACUGGACACAUUACAGUGCCUCUAGCCAGUGCUUUCAGUGGGAGGUAUGUGACCCCCAACACUCCAUUUCUCUUCAAUGUAGGUUACUCAUUCCCAUAUGCAGGCUUGUGAUCAGCACAUUUCAGAACAUCUCAGCAUUCUGUUAACUCAAGCUGCUCACCAGUUGGACAAGUGGGAGGGCUUCAAGAUUGUCCUGUGAGAAUCCCAUCCUGCCCAUGUAGAUUUGUGAGCUGUGCAUACAAUAGAGGAUCUUUCCUGCCCCAAACGAGUCUCAUAUCUUUAUCAAGGAUCAGUUAUUAAUCUGAACAAAAAGAAUUUCCCCGCUGCAUAUGACUGAAUAAACUAGGAGGCUUGUCGAUUCCCAGCCGUUCAGUUGUGUUGUAGUGAUAGUUGUUUUGAAUAACUUGUAUGUGAAAGCUUCUAAUGACAACUUAAAAGAAGGGGAGUGGGAGAUUUUGACUUCAAAUGUUCCAGGACAAAAUAGUUUCAAAUAUUUUUGCACUGUUUUUUUUUCCUUUGUAUCAGAUAUACAAUAGCAAAGCCUAGAUAACCCUGGAGAGGCUUGACCUCUUCUUUCUUCCCCCCUUGCUCCCCAGUAUGCAACUUGGAGACAUUUUAAAUGUAUGUCUUACUUCCUGGGUAUUAAGGAAUAUAUAAUUUUGAUGUCUCUGUAAAACUGGCAAUGUAAUGAAGUGCUGUGCAUCAGGAAAUUGUACACAAUUUACCCUUUUCCUGUUCAUAAGCUGAGCCAUAUGUACAUAAAAUCUAGAUUUGUUUUCCUAGUUUUGCACUUUUAUAGCCUAUUUUUCAAAGAUGAAUACACAUGGAAGAUGGUUAAUCUAUUUUUGCCGAUCCUUUGAGUCUUAUAUACAAUGUGUUCUAUACCUUUAUCUGUUCUGUUCCUUUUAAAAAUUACAUCUCUUAAAAAAUAGAGAAAGACCAAGGUCUGUGUUUAAUUAACAUCCCCAGAUCAGUUUUUAAAAGCCUCUUCUGUUUGUGUUGGUACUGUUUCUCUGAAGCUUUGGGGCAUUUUUUCUGAGCUGGGAGUGGGAGCAAAGAUGAUGAAUGAAGAACAUGAUUUGGACUCUUCUCAUGUCCUAUUUAGGGUGUGAGAAGAAAACCCAAAUGACAACAGCUCCAUCUUGCCCCACAAAGAUAAUGCCCAAUGUUCUGGCUCCUUCCAUGCCAGCAUUACGACAAAGCUGAUGCUGUGGAACAGCAGGAGCAAUAGCAUUGUCUCCUCCUACAUAGCCCACCAUUUCUGAUGUCACCUUCACAGUAUAAGCACUGCAGCAGCAAGUCUCAUGCUGUGAAGGCAACACAAGAAGCAGGGAAGGCCAGUCCUUAAUUCCAGCACUGUUGCUCAUUCCACCAAAGCAUUUCUGCACAGAAGUGCCAUGUAAAUCCAGCUAAAAUGAACUGAGGAUUUGCUGUGGGAAGGCUUUGAAAGUUGCACCCUUGGUCUCCAAAGUAGGUUUUGCCCAUCAGUAUUAACUAUGGGAUACUACUGUGUUUUUUCUUCUCUAUUUUCAUUGGCAAUAAGUAUACCGGUACCAGUUGUUGCUUUGUUAUAUUUAUUUCCUUCCACUUUUGAUUUAUUUUAAUUGUGAAACCUUUAAGUUGUCAAGCUGUAGACACCAUACACGUCAUUUAAUUUAUGAUGCGUUUUCAGUUUAGUGGAAUAUGUUACUACAUGUGGAUGUAAAUAUAGUCUUGGUGUUUUUUG